AACAUAGGAGGUGCCUAACAUAGGAGGUGCCUAACUUAGAGGUGCCUAACUUAAGGAGGUGCCUAACUUUUACUCCUAUAAAUACAUUAGUAUGUUGUAAUAAUAUGUAUUGAAAUAAAUAUAGUUCUACAUGUUUCUCAAGAUGGUAUCAGAGCUCCCGAUCUUGGGAGCUCUGUUUCCGCUGCACUGAUAAGCUACCAGCCACCAGCAACAGCAGCUAUCCAGCCACUUCAACUGUAGCAGAAACUAUUGGAAUCACUGAUAGGAUAGAAAGGGACGCCUAUCUGCAGCAAACACAACAUUGCAAAUCGCUCCGGAGAAGACGUUGCCACGUGCCGCCACGCGCCGCCACGCACAACCAGCCUUGCCGGCGCGUGUAGCCCACGCGCCUAGUUCCGGCGAGACCCACUCGACGCCGACGUCACAGAAGGAGUCGCCGGAGCCUCCUCAUUCCGUUACAAGGGCCGGUGACAACCCAUUUUGGCUCAGAUCGGAGUAAAUCUGAGUUUUGAAGUACUGCUCCAUAUUAUUCUGUGUAGCCCACACUGUUUUCCACUGCCCAGGCUGUUUUUCCGCUGUCCGACGCCUUGUGCCGCUGUCCGACGCCUUGUGCCGCUGUUCGACGCCUUGUGCCGCUGUCCGACGCCUUGUGCCGCUGUCCGGCACCGUUUGUCGCUGUCCAGGCCGCGUUUGUCGCUGUCCAGACACCGUUUGUUGCUGUCCAGGCGCCGUUUGUCGCUGUCGACACUGUUUGGCGCUGUCCAGGCGCCGUUUGCCGCUGUCUGGCACCGUUUGCCGCUGUCUGGCGCCAUUUGCCGCUGUCCGGCACCGUUUUCCACUGUUUCGUCAGCAGAUAGGGUCCCCAGAUUGCAUUCCCAAGGAUGUCUGAGGUAAAAUUUAUUCCUUUGGGUCCUAAUGAUCUUCCAAAUAUGAUAGGUGCCUAUCGGUUGGAUGGGCGGAAUUUCUUACAAUGGAGCCAGUACAUUCGAAGGAUUCUCAAGGGUCGUUCAAGACUAGACCACAUAGAUGGUGGAGGACCAGAACCAGAUGACUCAAACUUCCUAAUGUGGGACAAUGAAGAUUCACUAAUUAUGACUUGGAUGUGGCAUUCCAUGGUUCCUAAGAUAAGUCGAAAUUACAUGUUUCAUUCUUCUGCCAAGGAGAUAUGGGAUGAUUUACAAAAUACUUUUUCAUUAAAAAAGGAUUUUGCUGCAUGUUAUGACAUUGAGAGCAGGAUAUUUAAUACAAAACAGGGCUCACAUUCUGUAUCAGAAUAUCAUGGAAUUUUGAAUGGUCUUUGGAUUGAAUUAGAUCAAUACCAAACAAUAAAGAUGUGUAAGACAGAUGCUGCCGCACAUGCUGAAGUCAUGGAAAGAGGAAGAAUCUUUAAAUUUCUCCAUGGCCUAAAUCAAGAGUAUGACCCAAUUAGGGUACAGAUCUUAGGAAGAGAAAAAUUAUCUUCCUUAUCAGAAGUAUUUUUUAUGGCAAGAGGAGAAGAAACUCGAAGAGCUCUCAUGCUUGAUGGGGGGAUCUCCAACACAGGCUCUGCCAUGACAACCGGAAAGGGAUUCCACAAAGGAACGAGCACUGGAGGAAAGUCAUUUGAAAGAGGAAAUCGUGGAGAUUAUUAUACUGGAGGAAAGUCAUUUGAAACAGGAAAUCGUGGAGAUUAUUGUUCAUUUUGUAGAAGAUCUGGACAUACCAAAGAAACAUGCUUCAGACUCCAUGGGAAAAGUAAUGUUCUAGAGCGUAUGAGGAAUAACAAAGGGCCUACUCAAAAAUGGGUAAAUCACACUACCUCAGAACAGGAAGCCACCAAUCAAUCUAAUGUUUCUCCACCACCAGAUCUUGACAUGAAAGCUUAUAAGGAAGAACUCGACCGCUUGAAAGCAAUGGUUGAAUCAAUGAGUAAGCCCUCUGGAUCAUGUACUCUGUCCAUGAAAGGAUCUUGCCACGGGGAAGACGAUUUUAACUGCUAAGGAGCAAAGUGGGUUGUAUCUAUUAGAGACUAAUGACCAAAGCACAACAAAUAUUUUGAGUCUACAAGCUACAUCUGAGACGUGGGCAAACUCUCAAAUAUGGCUUCAUCAUAAAAGGCUUGGACAUCCUUCAUUUAACAUUAUCAAGUCUUUAUUUCCCCAUUUGUUUACCAAUGAGUCUGUUGAGUCUUUUAAUUGUGAUAUUUGUCAAUUAUCAAAACAUCAUCGUACAUCUUAUCCUAUUAGUAAUAAAAAGAGUACUUCUCCUUUUGAUUUAA